GAGGAGGAAGAGGAGGAGGAGGGCAGCAGGCUCUGGUGGCGGCAGCGGGAUGCAGGGCAGUGGAGGGGCCGCCCCCCCAGGGAGCCCAGGGCCCCCGCGGCCCCCAAGGCCCGGCCGAUUCUCCUGCCACAUCGAGGGGGCCCAACCCAGGCCUGGGCUGCUCCCAGGGCCACGGCUGUUGGUCAAGAGUCUCUCCUUGGAACCCGCCCCCCAGGGAAGGUCUGGAGAUACCCCUGGUCUGAAACCCUCCCCUUCCAAGAGGGCCCCAGGGCCCAAGCCUCAGGUGCCCCCCAAACCGGCCCACCUCCUGGGGUCUCGGCUGGCCCCCCUGCUGGAACCCAUCCCUCCGCCUCCCUCCCGCCCACUCCCCGCAGACCCCAGGCUGACCAGGGCGUUGCAGCCUCGGGCUGAGGCAGCUGCAGGGGGCUCAGCUGUGUCCUCCCUGAUCGAGAGGUUUGAGAGAGAGCCCGCCAUCCUGGCACCCGAGGCGGGGGGGUUUGUGCCCUCGGAGCUGACGAUGGGGCCAGACUCCAGAGAGGGCUCCCCUUGCCCCCUCCUGUCCGCUCCGGGGGAGAAGGUGCCCAACCGAGACAGUGGCAUCGGAAGCAUCAGCUCACCCUCCGCCGGCGAGGAGACCUGCUUUUCCAACACCACCGGGGGUGGCGGUGGCGGCGGCGAGGGGGGUGCUGAGGCCACCCCAGGGCCCCCUGGGGGCCCGCUCCCUGUGGCUCCUCUGCAGCCCCCACAGGGGCCCCCAGAGGCAGAUAGUGACCUGGAUGAGGAAGAGGAGGAAGAUGAAGAUGAGGGGAGAGAGGGGCUGCCCAGGCCCAGAAUGGAGAGGCAGGAUUCUUCAGAGCUCACAGUUCAGCAGAAGGUGUUUCACAUUGCCAACGAACUCCUGCAGACCGAAAAGGCUUAUGUGUCACGCCUGCACCUCCUGGACCAGGUGUUCUGUGCCCGGCUGUUAGAGGAAGCCCGAACUCGAAGUUCCUUCCCCGCUGACGUGGUCCACGGCAUCUUCUCCAACAUCUGCUCCAUCUACUGUUUCCACCAGCAGUUUCUGCUGCCGGAACUCGAGAAGCGCAUGGAGGAGUGGGACCGAUACCCUCGGAUUGGGGACAUCCUGCAGAAGCUGGCACCGUUCUUGAAGAUGUAUGGUGAGUACGUCAAGAACUUCGACAGGGCCGUAGAGCUGGUGAACACGUGGACAGAGCGCUCGGCCCCUUUCAAGGUCAUCAUCCAUGAAGUGCAGAAAGAGGAGGCCUGUGGGAACCUCACCCUGCAGCACCACAUGCUGGAACCCGUGCAGCGCAUUCCCCGCUAUGAGCUGUUGCUGAAAGACUACCUACUCAAGCUUCCUCAUGGCUCCCCAGACAGCAAGGAUGCGGAGAAAUCCUUGGAAUUGAUUGCUACCGCAGCCGAGCAUUCCAAUGCUGCCAUACGCAAGAUGGAGAGAAUGCACAAACUCCUGAAGGUCUAUGAGUUGCUGGGAGGGGAGGAGGACAUCGUCAGUCCCGCAAAUGAGCUCAUCAAGGAGGGCCACAUCCUCAAGCUGUCUGCCAAGAAUGGAACCACUCAGGAUCGGUACCUCAUCCUGUUCAACGACCGCUUACUGUACUGUGUCCCCAAGCUUCGACUCCUGGGCCAGAAGUUCAGCGUGCGAGCCUGCAUCGAUGUGGAUGGCCUCGAGCUGAAGGAAAGUUCUAACCUGAACCUGCCCCGAACCUUCCUGGUGUCCGGGAAACAGCGUUCUUUGGAGCUGCAGGCCAGGACUGAGGAAGAGAAGAAGGACUGGAUUCAGGCUAUCCAUGCCACCCUCAUGAAGCAUGAGCGCACCCUGGAGACCUUCAGACUGUUUAACUCAGCCCACCGAGAGGAGGAUGAGACCCCCCCCAGCUCACCGAAUGUGGACCUUGGGAAGCGGGCCCCGACACCCAUCCGAGAGAAGGAAGUGACAAUGUGCAUGUGCUGCCAGGAGCCCUUCAACCCUAUCACCAAACGGAGGCACCACUGUAAAGCCUGUGGCCACGUGGUGUGCGGCAAGUGCUCAGAGUUCAGGGCCCGAUUGGUCUACGACAACAACCGCUCCAAUCGCGUGUGCCUGGAUUGCUACACUGCCUUGCGUGGGGCCCAGGGACCCAGCCCAAUCCCAGGGCAGAACACACCCCAACGGAGGCGCUCUAUCCUAGAGAAACAGGCAUCUGUGGCUGCUGAGAACAGCCUCGUUUGCAGCUUCAUGCACUACAUGGAGAAAGGUGCCAAAGGCUGGCAUAAGGCCUGGUUUGUGGUCCCUGAGAGUGAGCCCCUUGUCCUCUACAUCUAUGGAGCCCCUCAGGACGUGAAGGCCCAGCGCAGCCUGCCCCUUAUUGGCUUUGAGGUGGGGGCCCCAGAGGCCAACGAGCACAAGGAGAGGCGCCAUGUCUUCAAGAUCACCCAAAGUCACCUGGCCUGGUACUUCAGCCCAGAGACUGAGGAACUUCAGAGGCGGUGGAUGGAUGUGUUGGCCCGAGCUGGGAGGGGGGAUGAGCUCCAGGCGGGCCCCUCCAUCCUCGAGUCCCAAGAGGAGGAGGAAGCAGCAGCCUCUGCAAUAGCAGCAGGCCCAGAGCCGGAAGGCCCUCUUUCCACCUCCAAGCAGGGCCCCCAGGGCUGAGCACCCCUGGGUAAGCUGCUCACCCCUUGUUACUUGAACUCCAGAUCGUGGCCACUUUUGAUCCUCUUAUGGGGUUCGCUCUUUUGACAUUUUAGCCAAAUGUGAGGGGUUUGUUUUUUUGUAAUUUCCAACCUCAUGUUUUUCACUUGGGGCGGGGUGGUAAGUAAACCAAAACCUGCCCUCCCCAUCCCCUACACCCCUAUGUAAAAGGCCUCAGCUGUGCUGUGACUUUGGGCAGGCUGCAUGCCCCACGCCUGUUUCACCAUUUGUAAAAUGGGUGAGCUGGCUGACUCUCCAAGGUCCCCUCCAAUUCUGACACGUGGUGCUAAGUCUGGGCAUCUGGGCUUUUCUCCUUCUCAAAACGUUCCCCCGGCUUUUACACUCUUGAGGUCUGAAGCCUCUUCUCUCCAGGCCUCCAUUUUGCCAUCUAUAAAAUAGGUGCUGGGGAGAACUAAAUGGCUUUGAGAAAGUCCAUUUCAUAGGCAGACCCUGGGCUCCCCCCACCCGUCCCAGAUGUGAUGAGCACCAUCAUCCCCCUUCCCAUUUCUGGACCCGUUUCUCUUACACAAGGGUUUGGAACAGAUGGUUUCUAAGGUUCUGUCCUGCACUAACAGUCUCAGAUCUGAAUUCCCAGUUUUUCUCUGAGCCUCAAUCCCUUCAUCUAUAACCCGAUGGAGUCGGCUGGGCCAGGGACUCCAAAGUCUCUUCCAGAUGAUUCCGAGUUCUGGGACUUCCAAGUCCUUCCUUGGUCUCAUUUUCAUCUCCAUAAAACUGAAGUGGGAGGAAAGCCUACUUUGAACAGCCCUUCCCUUUCCUCUCAUGCAGCUAGGACUGGAAGGCAUUUGAGCAUCUCCUGUUUCCCCCGAGUGGCAGGACCACUACACCAGGCAACAGCGGGGCUUUUGGGGGACUAGCAGAAGGAGAUAGUCUGAUGUUUUUUGUUUUAAUGGAAAAAUACAGUUUUGGUUGCAGUUCCAAGGAA